UUACAAACAAUCGGAUUUUAAAAAUUGUCUAAAUCGAAGUCAUAAAAUGGAAAAUUUUGCAGAAAACAUGUUUAAGAAGCGAAAAAUUGAGGAAUUGAUGAAGAUAUUCGAGUGCUGCAUCUGUGGCGAAUCAGGACAUAUUGGAUUUACAGACACAUUUCAGAUAUCUCUUCGUGAAAAUGAUUAUUGCUUGUCUUUUAUUGACGUAAUUUUCUUUACCGUUGGAAUUAAUGUACAAAAGGAUUCAUCAGACAUCUGUUCACUAUGUAAGCCCAAAAUCAUCGAGUUUUAUCACUUUAAAAAGCGAUCUCAAAGCAUCCAAAAAAGAUUUAGUCCAUUAUUGCAAGAGAUUAUGAAAAUUGUUGGGAACUAUGUAUCACAGAACUCAAUUAAGGCAGUAACAAUUGAAGAGAGUAAAGAGAAGCUGGUUAUAAUGGAAAAGACAUCAUCAGAAAAUACAGGAAAUUUAUUAAUUUCGGAAGUGUCAUCAAUUUGUGAUGUGCAAGUUAAAAAGGAACCAGACAGCAGUGACGGACAAGAUAUAGAAAUUCCAGAAAUUGAGAUUGAUAUUAAAAAGGAACCACAGGAAUUAGAGGAAGAAAUUUACGAAUUACCGGAUAAUUCAAUACCUCAUACAACCGAAAACCUCGAAGAAAACAGCACAAAUACGGAACCAAACGAUAAACUAGACAUGAUAUUUAAUUUAAACAAAGAAAUCUUAGAGAUAGUAAAGCAAUUAAAUGAUCAGAAGUGUUUAAAUAACAAGAUAUUAGUUCCAUGAGAUUAAUUUCAAUAACUUUAAGUGGCUUAAAUAAACGCAUGA